CAGCUCAGUUGAGGCGCAGCACAUACUUUGUACCACCAUGGCUCAGUUGAGGUGUAUCCAACCACAACUAAAAAUUAGGCAGAGGAGGGUAGGCAGGUAGGCUCAGCUUGUCGGAUUCACCCACAAUAGUCUAGCGCAAUGUAUACAUACAUGGUGAAGGAUCCAAUCAUUCUUCUUUAAGGUUAGUCACUAUCGAAUUUUGGGCCCAUGUGCUUUGCGGAUCCGCCCGGCUUCGCACACAGUGAGCCGUGCCGCUCAGCUGCAUAGUAGGUAGUAUUGCGUUGCUUGAUUCUGCCUCACCUUGCUUCAUCACUUUUCCAGGUAGUUAGACGAGAAAGACAACAGAUACAUUGUGUGCCUGUAAUUCUAUCCACUACAGAGGACUGUUCCAGUAGCCAUGGUCGGGGUACCCGGAAGGUCCAAGGCUUGCCACAUCUGCCGACAGAGGAGAAUCAAGUGCGAUGGAGAACGCCCGAGGUGCCAAAAUUGUGCCAAGUCAAAUCGAUUAUGCACGGGGUACCAACGCAAUCAUGCCUUCAUACUGUCCAAAGACAUGGUGGGCUAUACUGGCGGCUUAUCAAAGGACCUAGUACUCUUCUCCGAGCAAUCUGCUUCUGGUGACGUUCACGUCUCCCGGUGGAGAGCAGACCGGAAAAAGGACAGCAUUUCACCUAUUGGACGAGCCAGUCUACACUUACACACUCAACGCACAGAUCCUUCAGGCAUAACGGGUCAAAUAAGCCAACGAUAUGCAUUCAGAGAGCAGUUCUUUUCUCUCUUUCUUGCGCAUAGCUUUCCGACUGUCUGUAGAUCACGUAGUGCCGUGGCGGCGAGUAAUUGGAUGUUGGAUGUCUUACGUCUGCCAUCGCUAUCACCGGCUCUCGAAAAUGCUACACUUGCCGUAUGUUCCGCUCGGCUGGGGAAGCAAGACAUGAAGCCGGUACUCAUCCGUCAGAGUCUAUUCUUAUAUACUAACAGUUUGCACGAGUUUUCGAAAGAGAUUGGCAGUGCAUCCCGGCGCCAGGACGAACAAACUCUAGCUGCGUGUAUGGUCAUGAUGCUGUACGAAAUAUCAGAAUGCCCUGGAGGAACUCCUGAUGCGUACUCAGCUCAUUACAACGGCACAAUGAAGCUCAUUGAGCUGAGAGGCCCAGAAGCCCACAAGACUGGGCUUGCGCAUAGUGUUUUCCAGUCGUUACGCGUCCACAAUAUGUUUAAUUCAUUCGUGGAACGAUCCCAAACUGUUCUGAGCAACCCUGAAUGGUGCAACGUCCCCUUUGCUGGCGAAAAAGAAUACUUUGAUCAACUCUUGGACAUCUUGCUGGAUAUACCUGGUUUAUAUCCACAACACAAUCGCAUUUUCAACAUGAGAAGUCCACAAGAACAGCUCAUAAACGCCCUUGAAGCUAUGUAUGAAGGCUUGAAAUUAGAAUCGCGCCUCGACGAGUGGUAUCGAAAUUUCAAGUCAACAAUCGCUGGGCCGUUAUACUAUCCCGAAUUGUCCCACGGAGAAUACACCGUCGACAACGGCCAAUUGGGGAAAUUGUUUCCGGUUGCUUAUCAGUUCCCAGCGUUUAGCGUCGCCCAGAAUGUUCUGUUCUACUGGACAGCCCUGCUAAGCGUACAUUCUCAUGUGGGUUGGAUGUACAAGACGCUGUCGCACCUCACGGAAACACUGGAUUUGAUAAGAGCAGACUUGCCGUGUACAUGCGGUGUUUCUGAUUGUUUACGCCAUUUCACGAUGGAUCCCUUCCUACAUCUUCGCGACAAGAUGAACUGGCCUCGAACUAUAGCUUACGACAUAUGCCAGUCAAUUGAAUACUGCCUACAGCAUAGUACACGUGGGUUCGGUCCCAUCUCAAUCAUGCCGGUACUAGCUGUGGUAAAGGGACAUUGGAUAAAUUGGCCUGGUGACUACGUCCGCGAAAUAGCCUGGAUAGAUGAGAUUUUCUCCAAUCUGGGACAGGAAAGAAGCAUCAUCGCGCAGUUCCUGAAAUAAUGCUAAUAAUUGGUAUGAUUAAUCGACCGCGCAGCGAAGUUCUCAAAUACACAUUGAGCCGAGGAUAUAAAGCUAUCACCGAGUAGAAUAAGUCUCAGUAUUACGCAGAAUAGCCCUUGGCAGCACAGACUACCGCUUGAUCAUCGAUACUAUAACAGAUGGCAUAUACUAUAGUUUGUUUGGAUACGAAUCCAUGUUAGACGUUUGAUAAAUGCUCUUGUAUCAUUAUGAUCAUUAAUAACUACCGUUUCCAUGAUAGUCCAGUAUUUGUCCCGCUAGACUUUCAGAGCAUUUUCUCCCGAAGGUUGGCGCCUGUAACCUGACUUGCAUCG